GAAGCCUGGGCUCAGCCUGGUCUAUAGUUUCCCUGGAGAGAGGCAAGAGCAGGAUCCCGAGCGAACACAUCCUGCCCAGCAUCCUCUCCAGCAUCCCAAGCCAAGCCGAGGUUGCAGGUGUGAGGGAGACUUGAAACCAUUCCAUCAUGGCUUACCUUGGACUGCUCUCUUUACUGGCCAUGCAAAGUUUGGUGACAGGGGCAGCUUUCCCAGAUGAAACCGUAGCCGAGUGGUCAGUGAAUGUGUAUAACCAUCUUCGAGCCACUGGGGAAGAUGAAAACAUCCUCUUCUCUCCACUAAGCAUUGCCCUCGCUAUGGGGGUGAUGGAGCUCGGGGCUCAAGGAUCUACUCUGAAAGAAAUCCGCCAUUCAAUGGGAUACGAGAGCCUGAAAAGUGGUGAAGAAUUUUCUUUCCUGAGGGAUUUUUCUAGCAUGGUCUCUGCUGAAGAAGGCCAAUAUGUGAUGAAAAUUGCCAAUUCGCUCUUUGUGCAAAACGGAUUUCAUAUCAAUGAGGAAUUCUUGCAAAUGAUGAAAAUGUACUUUAAUGCAGAAGUCAAUCAUGUGGACUUCAGUGAAAAUGUGGCCGUGGCCAACUACAUCAAUAAGUGGGUGGAGAAUUAUACAAACAGUCUGUUGAAAGAUCUGGUGUCCCCGGGGGACUUUGACGCUGUCACCCAUCUGGCCCUUAUCAAUGCUGUAUAUUUCAAAGGGAACUGGAAGUCUCAGUUUAGACCUGAAAAUACCAGAACUUUCUCCUUCACAAAAGAUGAUGAAAGUGAAGUACAGAUUCCAAUGAUGUAUCAACAAGGAGAAUUUUAUUAUGGGGAAUUUAGUGAUGGAUCCAAUGAGGCUGGUGGCAUCUAUCAAGUCCUUGAGAUACCUUAUGAGGGAGACGAGAUCAGCAUGAUGCUGGUACUGUCCAGACAGGAAGUCCCACUGGCCACACUGGAGCCUCUGCUCAAACCACAGCUGAUCGAAGAAUGGGCAAACUCCGUGAAAAAACAAAAGGUGGAAGUCUACUUGCCCAGGUUCACCGUGGAACAGGAAAUUGAUUUAAAAGACAUCUUGAAAGCCCUUGGGGUCACUGAAAUUUUCAUCAAAGAUGCAAAUUUGACUGCCAUGUCAGAUAAGAAAGAACUGUUCCUCUCCAAAGCUGUUCACAAGUCCUUCAUUGAGGUUAAUGAAGAAGGGUCAGAAGCAGCUGUAGCCUCAGGAAUGAUUGCAAUUAGCAGGAUGGCUGUGCUGUUCCCUCAGGUUAUUGUCGACCAUCCAUUUUUAUUUCUUAUCAAGAACAGGAAAACUGGUACAAUCUUAUUCAUGGGACGAGUCAUGCACCCCGAAACAAUGAAUACAAGUGGCCAUGACUUUGAGGAACUUUAAAUGAUGACGUUUGAGUACAAAGGCAGCAGUAGCAAAGCACAUUAUGUCUUCAAGUGGUAUAUAUUUAGGAUUUUUGUUUUAAAGUAUUACUUAAGGAAAUAUUUAAAAUAGUUCUGGAUAGUAGUAAAUCCACUUGACCUAUAAGUUAGCCUGUCCAAAAAAAAUGUUAUCAGUGUAAUGAUUAUGGUCCCAUUGUUGCAUUGUGUCUGGUGUGCUGUUGUUUAAAAUAAAAGUACAUAUUGAAAAUGUGAACAACUUUUUUCAUUUUAGAGCUAGUUGUAGUCUAUACAACACUGUAUCUGAGAUUUGAAAACCAUGCCAUUUCUUUAGGAAUUAUAAUAAAGUAAUCCUACAAGGCAAAAAUGUAGAAACUGUUGUUUAUGAGUUUUCUCAUCAUCUUGCAGAAUCAACACCAAAGUGAGCGACAUACAUGUAUAUAAUAAGCAAUACUGUGAAGGGAAGGCAAACAGGCCACAGAAAUUGAGGUUGUCAUUUACUGUAGGGCUCCAUGACAAAGAUUUAUGAAAAAAAGUGGGAUACGUAAGGCCCACAGACUUUACUGACUUUGUGUAUACUGUAGUAUUAUACUUUUAAAUUAUUAAAGUAUACAUCUUUUAUUUAUUUUUAAAAGUUUACUGUGACUCAGAAUUAAUAACAAGCUCAGAUAUCUCAUUAGCUAUGCUGGAUGGCAUCAAGAGCCCCCAUAGAGGAAUUUCCUUGUACCCUUGAAGUUUCAGUGAGGUUUUUGAUGUUCGCACAAAGACGAAAUCACACAGUGGCACAUUCUCUAGACUAUACCCAAGAAAGUCACCAAGUGGGACAGUCAUGAACUAGCAAAAUAGAUGUGAUUACUUUAUAAAAAAAAUCACUGGUAAGUGCAUCAUAUGGAGUGCUUCUUAAACUCACACCUCGUCACCUACUACAAAUUCAGUUCUUACCCAAGAUAUCUAAAACAGAGUAGGGACUACAGCUUUCCAACAUUUCAGACAUAAGAAUGAUGCCACAGGGAUUUGACCAUGAGCUUUGGUGUUUGUCACUUGGGUUGUAAAAUUUUACUUGAAGUCAGCAGCACAUUUUCACAGACGGAGAUUAGAGAGAAUCAGGGCGAAGGCAGGAGGUAAUUAAUCUGCACUAAUAAUACAAUGCCCUUGUCAAGCAUUGGUGUGAUUCCAAAGUAUUUCUAGUACAUACUAUAGAUAUGUAAGAUUCUUCUGUAUAUUACAACACUUGAAAUACAGCUGUUAAAACAUGGAGACAUUUAUAUAGGCAAUACCCAUGAAAGGAUUUAUGAAUAUCCCAGGACACAGUACUUAAUGCUGAAAUCUUUUACAGCUUAUAUUUUCAGAGGACUUGUAGUUUAUUCAUAAAUCUUCACGUUAUUAUAGAAUAGUGCUCUUGUUUUCAUUUAUAAUUUAUGGAGCUGGGAUGCCUGAUGUUAAUUCAGAGUUUACAUUCUGUACUAAGACCAGUCUUUAUCUCUGUAUCCUUCUUGUUAAUAUGACAUAUAUGGCUAUACCUAUAUGUUCAAUAGUUAGAUAAAUGUAUUGCCUGUAAGGAAAAAUAAACAUCAUUAUGCAAUCAUGUGAUUCUGAGAAGUCCCUAAUGCUAUGCUUAUUAACAGAUAUAAGAUUAAAUU